GGGGGACAUUUAAGGUGGAGUAGGACGGGUUGCCUUUUUCUUUCAGGGGAUGUAAGUUGCAGUACAUAGUCAGUAGCGACGUUUUUCUGCCGAGCGCGUGUUUCAGCUGCCCAGAUCGGCGGGGCUGGAGGGCUGGAUGCUGUCGUCAUGGUGAAGGAUGUUCCGGAAAGUCAAAAAGCGCCACAGCAGCAGCAGCUCGCAGAGCAGUGAGAUCAGCACCAAAAGCAAGUCUGUGGACUCCAGUUUGGGAGGGCUGUCCAGAUCGAGCACCGUCGCCAGCCUCGAUACAGACUCCACCAAGAGCUCAGGUAACAGUACAUCUGAUACAUGUGCCGAGUUCCGGGUGAAGUAUGUGGGAGCCAUUGAGAAGUUACAGUUUAACAUGAGCAAGACCCUCCAGGAGCCUCUGGACCUCAUCAACUAUAUUGAUGCUGCUCAGCAAGACGGAAAGCUGCCCUUCGUGCCUGGAGACGAGGACAUGAUUCUGGGAGUGUCCAAGUACGGCGUCAAAGUGGCCUCACUGGACCAGUGUGAUGUGCUGCAUCGCCACCCUCUGUACCUGAUAGUGCGUAUGCUGUGUUACGAUGAUGGCCUCGGUGCAGGGAAGAACCUCCUGGCUCUCAAAACCACUGAUCCACAACAAGAAGAGUGCAGCAUCUGGGUGUACCAGUGCAGCAGCUCAGAGCAGGCUCAGUCCAUCUGCAAAGUGCUGUCGGCUUCUUUUGACUGCGCUCUGACAUCCGACAAGUCUUGAGGCCAGCGAGAUGGACAGGAGCUGAGAUCUGUCUCGAGGAGAAGUAAAACAACUGCAAACAUAGCAACAGCUAAUAAGAAAACCCCCACAGCUACAAUGUGAUUGCCAAAAAACUGUAACCAUUUC